CUGGGAUUUCACAGGCCUGAUUCUCCUUUCUCAAACACACAAGCCUGGUCUUCGACCCAUUCCGUAGUGAAGGAUGAGCACAACUCUGGAUUCUCCAGCCACUUUCAUCUUGUGUACUGAAAGACUACAGGCAUGCACCGCAAGUCUCGGCUUCGUGUAACCCCUUAGCAGAGUUGAGAAGAGGCCGAACUGGAUUCUGAGAGAGACCUGAUGAGGAGAGAGGCAUUCCACUAGUAUCAAAGAUUCCUGGCUCAUCUUUGAUUUGCUUCCCCAAUCCCCCCGAUGGCUUUGCCCAGCCGCAGGUCCAAGAAUCCCAACACACUGGCUUUUCUUCUAGCGGGGGUGACUUUCGUGGUGCUGCACCAGUGGCUCCUUCAGCAGCCCACGCGGGAGCAACCCCAGGAACCCAGGGCUGCUCCCUGGUCUUCUGCUGCCGCGGUGCAGCCUUCCCCGCUUCUCCCGGUGCCGGCGUGCGUGGCCAACGCCUCCGCGAACCUCACUGCUGGCUUCCAGCUGCUGCCAGCUCGGAUCCAAGACUUCCUGCGCUACCGCCACUGCCGCCGCUUCCCGCAGCUGUGGGACACGCCCCACAAGUGCGCGGGCCCCCGCGGCGUCUUCCUGCUGCUGGCCAUCAAGUCGUCGCCGCCCAACUUCGAGCGGCGGGAGCUGAUCCGGCGCACGUGGGGCCAGGAGCGCAGCUAUGGCGGCCGGCAGGUUCGGCGCCUCUUCCUGCUGGGGACCUCCCCCCCGGAAGAGGUGGAGCGCGAGCCCCAGCUGGCGGACCUGCUGCGCCUGGAGGCUCGCGAGAGCGGCGACGUGCUGCAGUGGGACUUCUGGGACACGUUCCUCAAUCUCACGCUCAAGCAUCUGCACCUGCUCGACUGGACGGCGGAGCGCUGCCCCGGCGCCAGUUUCCUGCUCAGCUGCGACGACGACGUCUUCGUGCACACCGCCAACGUGCUGCAGUUCCUGGAGGUGCAGCCGCCGGAGCGCCACCUCUUCGCCGGGCAGCUCAUGGAUGGCUCCAUGCCCAUCCGCGAAAGCGGGAGCAAGUACUUCGUGCCCCCGCAGCUCUUCCCAGGCAAGGCCUACCCUGUGUACUGCAGCGGCGGCGGCUUCCUUCUGUCCAGCCUCACGGCCCGCCACCUGCGCAGGGCGGCGCGCCGCGUGCCGCUCUUCCCCAUCGACGACGCCUACAUGGGCAUGUGUCUGCAGCAGGCCGGCCUGGCGCCCAGCGGCCACGAAGGCAUCCGGCCCUUCGGCGUGCAACUGCCCGGUGUGAAACGCUCGUCCUUCGACCCCUGCGUGUACCGCGAGCUGUUGCUGGUGCAUCGCUUCGCGCCUUAUGAGAUGCUGCUCAUGUGGAAGGCGCUGCACAACCCGGAGCUGCACUGUAGCCACAGACGCGAUGCGGGGUCUCCCGAGGGCAGAGGGGAGCCGAACCCUGAUGCACACUGAUAUUACCUUGAGGACGGAUCUGGAAAACACUAUCCUAGUGCAUGUCUCUGGCCUCAACUUCAGGGGUUCUGGUCCAAUUUUGGUCAGGGGUGGCUUCAGACAUAUCUAGGUGGUGUUUUUCUUGUUUUAAGCCAACUCCUAAGACCUCUGGGCUGGGGAUAUUUAUCUGUUCAUCCUCACCUAGCAGCCUUCCAGCCUUCCGUUCUCCAUUCAUUAUGGGCAGCAAGCGAGGUAUGGCGGCCAAGUUCAGUGUCACCUGUCAAGUGCAGCACAGUUAUGAAUUGCCAUUUCCACCGUUUCCUCCACCAAAGAGCAGAGCGCCAAGAAGCCAGUUUACACUCGGAACUAAGGGGUGUUAUGUGAGGGCAAAGUGAAAAGUGAAGGUCCUUCAGGGCAGCAGCAGGAGGCGCCAUCGCAGCCACCGUUCUGGAGCCCUGACUGUAUGUACUUCAGCCUUGCUUCCCCAAAUGCUUUAGAAAGGGCAUGGCUGAGUGGACAGUGGCAAUCUGUCCCAAUGCUGUGGACUAGAUCUGUGAGAACAUUGUAUUAGCCUGUUGCUGCUGUAACAAAUUCCCUUUCCAGCUUUCCAAGCCUGGGACAAACCCACUUAUCCUGCAGUUCUCUGACAACACAGGUCUCACUAGGCUAAAGUCAAUGUGUUGGUAAGACUGCUUACCUACCUAAUUAUUCUAGGGGAGAACCUAGCUGGAGAACAAUAAGAUAGAUUCUCCUUAUUCCCUACCUUCUAGAGGGAGACCUCCUUCAUCUCUGAAACCAGCAAUGCUAUACUUCUCUACAGCCAGAUAUCUCCCUGACUCUUUAUUUCUCCACUCACUGCUCUCCUUCCCUAGAGCUAAAAUUGAGUCCACCUGGGUUAUCCAGGCUUAGCUUCCCAUCUUGUUUGUUAAGACAAGGUUUCAUGUAGCCCAAGCUGCCCUGAAACUUGCUAUGUGGUCAAGCAUGCUCUUGAACUCCGGAGCCUCCUGACUUCACUUCCCAAAGUAUGCGUUACAGGUUUGUCUCCACACCCAGCUAUUAUCUACGGGCUGUAAACCCGGCUCUCUAGCAAUAGCAUUGUUCAUAUUUUCAGUCACAUGUCACAGGUUCCAGAGAUUAGGGUGUGGACAUGCUUGGAGGACAAUUGGUUCCGUCUACCAGGAUGCCAAUAUAAACUGUGGAAUAAAAAACGAAGGAAAUGAAUGCGUGACAGAGGCCUUUGGCCCUCAGCAAACGGUCCUGAUGCCAGCCCUCAUUGAGGACAAGUGAGCAUCAUUAAAUCCGAAUUCCCUGCUUUGAUGCCUUGUUCUCAGCCCCCUGACAAAAAGUUGUCUUCAUUUGAGGAUAAAAAUAUUAAGAUUCUGGCAUUUCAUAGCUUAGAAAGGUAGGAAGGCAGCAGAUUUGAGUGCAUCAUGUGACUGUGGGGCCUGGCCACUCCUCUCUGAGGCUGGAUUGCUCUGGUGUCCAAGAACAGGAAAGACCCCUGGGUCCAGGGAGCCCCAAGCAUGCCUGCCGCCUCCUCUGGGCCCAUGCGCCGCCAGGGAGCGAGCCUGCCCCACUGGCCAUCUCUCCGUGGUGGUGCUAGGCUGGUCAGCUGGGCUGAGAUUUCCGAGAGGCCAGUUCCAACUGGGAUCCAGAAAAGCAUGGAGCUCUGGGCAUCGUUAGAUUAGCGACUGGGGAACUGGAUCAUAUCUCUAUACCUCGUGUCAUCCGCCCUCGUUCUUCACCCAGUCACCUCAGGGGGAGGCCACCCUCUGAUGCUCCCGGCUCCUUUGAAAAGCUCAACAUACUCUGAUAUCCCAGCGACCUCAGGAGUUGGGAAAGGAGAGAUGUUUCUGACUCAAGACAAUAGAUCCAAAAAUCCUACUUAAAUAUGAUAGCGACUAGAAGGGUGUGGUGAUACUUGCCAAAACCCGCAGCAUUCAGGAGGCUGAGGCACACAGGGUCCUGAGUUCUGAGCCUGGGCUAAACCUCCUAUAGCAAGACCUUUUCUCAAAAAGAAAGGAAAAAGAAAAACCUAGGCUUGCCUGGAACUGGAGUUGAGUUGAGGAUAGCCUUGAAAUACUGGUUUUUCUGCCACCAGCUCCCAAUUCCUGGGACUAUAAAAUGGCUCCACCAUAGCCAGCCCCCAAAAUUAUUUUUAAAGUCUCAGAAGUUGGGGCUGGAACCAUGACUCUGCAGGUAAAAACCCUUGCUGCUAAGCUUGCUCACUCAUCCAGACAGCAUAUACACAAAAAAAUCAAGGUAUGAGGCGCUUUUGUUUGUUUUGUUUUUGUUUUUGUCUUAGAAAGGACAGCAGUGAUGACUCUGUGCUUAAGAGGCUUACUGCUCUUACAGAAGACCAGGGUUCUGUCCCAGGCCACACAGUGGCUCAAAUGGUCUAGAAUUCCUGUUCCUGAGAUUCAGUGCCCUCUUCUGGCCUUUGGAUCACGAGGCAUCUGUGUAUGUGGUGCUCAUGAACUCACCCAGGUACAUAUACUUUUUUUUUUUAAGCCUCAGAAGUUUACAGCUAAAUCAAAUUAACUUUUUCUUAAAGUAUCUAUUUUUUAUUUACUUAUUUAUUUAUUCAUGAUAUUAUUAUUGCCCACAAUUGCCUGCAUAGCUGAGGAUGGCCCUGAAUUUUUUAUCUCCUGUCCCAGAUUUCCAAGUGCUGCUUUUCUAGAUUCUUCUGUAAGGCUCUCAGCUCCUCCUCCCAUUCUGAAAUAAAAAUCUUACCUGAUGUAAUCACACAAUUUUUUUAAACUUCAAUAUUUUGCUUAAUUUCACAUAAAAUCUAAAUAAAAGAAAAAUGCAUUAAAAUAAGUAUAGCUUGGACGUAUAAAAAACCUUCUCUAUAUAUUCUCAAAUAUUCUUCUAGAGGACAGAAUGCCUCCUCGAGAAUGGUUAGGCCAAAUAUAGAAAACCCUCACAGAUAGAUAACUGAUUUAAAUUAGUAAGAAAAUAUGUCUUUUUGCAAAUGCAAAAUCAAUGUAGUUCCUCUAUCAAAAAGCCAAGAAGGAAAAGCUUGCUAUUACUUUGUUGGUGUUGUUUGGGUUUGGUUUCAUUUGCUUAUUUUGGUGUUUUGAUGCAGGGUCUUGCCCUGUUGCCCAGGCUGGUCUCAAGAAGAUUGCCGGAAGAUUGCCAGGAAGAUUGCCUGAGUUCUAGCCCAGCCUAGGUUACAGAGCAAGUCUCCAAAAACAAAACAAAACAUUGUUAAACAUCCGUAUAAGAGAAAUCAAAGGUACUUGGGUGGGGACUGACUAUGAGAAGACUUGUACAAAGACAGUAAACUGUCUUAAGAUCGUUUUAAAUAUGUAAGUUAAUGUCUAGAGACAGCAUGUCAUCAAGUUACAGCUAAAUCUGAUUCACUGGUUUCUCAUCACCAGAAACAGGGACUAUUAGACUGUCAUGGCCUCCAUUUGGCUACGAUGAGGACUGGCACCAGGUAGGGAGGAGGCUUUUUCAAGAUCACAGGGUAUAUAGCUCUUCAGGGACUAAGUACCCCACCUCCUGCCUGCCCCUGGGCUCUGACCAGUACCCCAGGCCCAACACCUGCUGGUCUCUUAGUCCCUGAGAUGAGAGCUGCAGAUCCCAGCCUGGAGCUUCAGAGAGGAAGCAGGCAGCAAUUUGGUUGUUCGUUAUCUUUAUACCCUCCCUUUGCCCUGUAGUGCUGGGAGAACUGCCAAUCUUUCUGCCUUAAAUCAACGUGUUAACAAUUUCUUGGGAGUGAAAGGUCUUCUCUGCCCUGUGACAGUCAUUUCAGACUAACCCUGGCUGGGUGCAGGCUGCCCUUCUCCCACUGUCUGCGACUGACAACUCCAUCAACACAGCUUCCCUCAAUACAAGAGCUGUCUUUCCAGAUUAACCCUGAGGCUCCCAAGAACUCGGAUGGCAUCAGUUUUUAAAAUGCCAUCCUUGCUUCUUAUUCUCGCCCUCAACAGUUUUAAGCAGAGUGAAGACUGAGUGGAGAUUUGUGGCCCCUGGCUGCUGGGGCAGAAGGAAGGACGGACGGGAGAGAGUGGGGGAAUGGUGACCUGAGGGAGGAAGAAGAGGAGGCCUCUAAGAAUUAGAAGGAACUUGGGGCCUUGUCAGAUGGAUGGGAGGAAGUGUCCUUGGGCUUCAAGUAAAGUGAGGUUGAUUCCUAAAUGGUGGUUAUGCUGGGGAUUGGGGGGAAGGAGGCAUGGUGGGGAGCAGAUGCUUGACAGGCCAGGGACACAGGCUGGCUGGCUUUGGCUUUGGCAUUAUGACUAAAGAUGUGAGAUCCAGAAGGCAGGCCCUAUGAGCUAGAGCUCAGAGAACGUCAGGCACCUGAGCUUGAAGGGUUCCGGAGACUCUGGAAGCUCCUAAGGGACGUGGAAUUCCCUGACACCCACACCCAGAGAUGAGGACAGCUGCCCAGGUGCUGAGACUCCAGUGAGCAGCCCCCUAACCCCAGCUCACUUGUGUGUCCCAGGGGCCCAGUGUUGUGAACUAGUACUUUACCCCAUGCCUUUGGCAUGGAAACAUCUGUGGGGUUGAAAGGCUUCCUCUUCAAGUGAACCUUACUAUCCCCAAGCUUCAAGGGACACCAGAUCCACUUCUGCCUGACAGCCCUUAAGGACCACUCCAACCCCCUCAGCACCCCAUGAAACCACCUACCUCAGAGUAGUGAGGCACUCACACAGAGCAGAGUCCAGGCUAGAGAGAUACUGUUCUACCUGCCAGAGACAGGGGCAUGGAUGGGUGUCCCCACUCCAGGGUGGGCUGUCUCCGUGCUCUGGAAAGCAGUGUGGCAGCUCUUCAACGGUUAAACAUUGUUGCCAGAUAUGGUGGUGGUACGCACCUGCCACACUCCUGCCAUGCUCCUGCCAUGCUCCUGCCACGCUAGCCCUUGGGAGGCUGAGGCAAGAGGUGGAGUUCAAGGUCAAACAGUGCUACAGCAUAGUAAGACUCUUUUAAAAAAAUAACAGAUAAGGGGGCUGAGAUGGCUCAGCACUUAAGAGUACUGUUCUUCCAGAGAUCAUGGGUUCAAUUCUCAGCAACCACAUAGUUGUGUCCUCUAUAAAGGGGUCUGAUGCCCUCUUCUGGCUCGCAGGUGUAUGUGCAGACAGAGCACUCGCAUUAAAAUAGAUAGAUAGAUAGAUAGAUAGAUAGAUAGAUAGAUAGAUAGAUAGAUAGAUAGAGGGCUGAGAGCCCUCUUAUAAAGGGAUCUGAUGCCCUCUUCUGGCUUGCAGGUAUAUAUGCAGACAGAGCACUCGCAUUAAAAUGAUAGAUAGAUAGAUAGAUAGAUAGAUAGAUAGAUAGAUAG